AGCAGGACUCCAUCACAAUCAUCGCGAUCCCCACGCUUUCCAUCAUCAUGACUUGCUCUUUUUUCCCUCUCCCAUCCUUCUUUCCUCUAUUCACUCUCCAAAAUAAAGUGAGAGAGAGAGAGAGAGAGAGAGAGAGAGAGAGAGAGAGAGAGAGAGAGACUUCAUGAUGAUGUUUCCGCCAUCUCAGUAUCAUCAUCAUGAAUGACUCCAUGCUGAAAUACCCAUUCCAAGGAGAUAUCACCAUCUCUGGAUCUUGAUCGAUUCCGUAUGGUUGAACCCAUGGAUUCUCUGUGCUUCUUCUGCCUUGGUAUUUUCGUAAUUUUUGCCGUUCUGCCGAGACUGGCUGUUGGUGAUCAAGAAGGCUUCUUGAGUAUAUCUUGCGGUGGAACUACAGUUUCUGUUGAUUCUUCCAAUAUUUCAUGGGUCCCGGAUGAUUCUUACGUGAAAACUGGUAAUACAACCACCUUGAACUUUGUCGAAGGUAGCUCCUCGUCGCAAGUCCCGCUGCGGUUCUUCCCUGGAUCUCAAGAAGGUCGCCAGUGUUACAGGUUGCCUGUCCAGAAUUUGUCCAUGGUCCUUGUUAGACCCCAUUUUUUCUACAAGAACUAUGAUGGGUUGAAGAAACCUCCAUCCUUUUGGGUUUCUCUAGGGACAGCUGCAGCUACUGCCGUAAACCUGACUAGCUCUGAUCCCUGGGUGGAAGAGUUCAUAUGGCCGGUUACAAAAGAUACUCUCCCAUUUUGUUUGCACUCUAUCCCUGGUGGCGGAUUUCCUGUUAUUUCUCGGUUGGAAGUCCGACCGAUUCCGGCCGGAGCCUAUACAACUGGCAAAGAGGACUUCCCAAACAGGUCACUGCGGAAGCGUUACAGAAUCAAUUGUGGUUCUGAGAAUGGAUCACUACAGUAUCCUUCAGAUUCCUAUGAUCGUAUAUGGGAUGCAGAUCAAAACUUCUCGCCUGUUCAUGUGUCAACUGGAUUCAACAUUCCACUUACAUUCAAUCUUUCAGGCCUCCGGGAGAGCCCUCCUAAUGUUGUCCUUCAGUCGGCGAGGGUUCUGGCACGGAGGAAUGUUUUGAGCUAUAAUUUCCCACUUGAUAAGAUGGGGGAUUAUUAUGCUGUCCUAUAUUUCGCAGGAAUUCUGCCUGUAUCUCCCUCAUUUGACAUAUUGAUUAAUGGGGAGGUUGUGAAAGCAAAUUAUACCGUGAAAAACUUGGAAGUUGGUGCUCUCUACAUCAUACGGAAGAGCAUCACGAGCUUGAAUAUCACAUUUCGGAAUAUCAGCUUCUACCCACUAGUGAAUGCCAUUGAAGUAUAUGAACUUGUCGAGAUUCCCUUGGAGUCUUCUACAACUACAGUUUCUGCACUUCAAGUUAUUCAGCAAUCUACUGGCUUAGAUUUAGGAUGGCAGGAUGAUCCUUGCUCUCCGACGCCGUGGAAGCAUGUUGGAUGUGAAGGAAGCCUUGUCACAUCAUUGCAACUUUCAGACAUAAACUUGAGGUCGAUGAGUCCAACCUUUGGUGACUUGCUAGAUCUUAAGUCAUUGGAUUUGCACAACACUUCACUUACUGGGGAGAUACAGAACUUGGCUAGCCUGCAACAGCUUGAGACCUUGAACCUGAGCUUCAAUGAGCUGACUUCCUUUGGGUCUGACUUCAACACCUUGGUUAGCCUUCAGGUUUUGGAUUUGCAGAACAAUAGUUUAAAAGGAACUGUUCCAGACAGUUUGGGAGGUUUACAGAACCUUCAAUUAUUAAACCUGGAAAACAAUAAACUACAAGGCAUCCUACCACAAUCUUUGAACAAGGAGAAUCUAGAAGUUAGAACAUCCGGGAAUUUGUGCCUUUCCUUCUCCACCUCAACAUGUGAUGUUCUUCCAAACAAUCCACCACUUCAGACACCACAGGUUACAGUCCCCAACAUGAAGAAGAGUCAUGGACAUAAUCGAAGGGCAAUUUUAGCUGGUGCACUUGGUGGUGCCUUAUGUGCAAUUCUGUUGAUCAUACUUUUGGUUUUCUUAUACAGAAGGAAAAGAGAAGGAGAUGAGGUCACAUCCACACCAGGUACUGCGGCAGAUAUGAAGAACUGGAAUGCUGCAAAGAUUUUCUCCUACAAAGAGAUAAAGGUGGCUACAAACAACUUUAAGGACAUCAUAGGUCGUGGUAGUUUUGGAUCUGUCUAUCUAGGAAAGCUUCCAGAUGGAAAACUAGUAGCUGUGAAAGUGCGCUUCGACCGCACCCAACUCGGAGCUGAUUCCUUUAUCAAUGAGGUAUAUCUUUUGUCUCAAGUUCGCCAUCAAAAUCUUGUGUCCUUGGAAGGAUUUUGUCAUGAAUCAAAGCAGCAAAUCCUGGUGUAUGAGUAUCUACCAGGUGGAUCAUUGGCUGACAGUCUUUAUGGUUCAAACAGUAAGAAGAGAAUAUUGAGCUGGGUUCGCAGAUUGAAAAUUGCUGUUGAUGCUGCAAAAGGACUUGAUUAUCUACACAAUGGGAGCAAUCCACGAAUCAUCCACCGUGAUGUGAAGUGCAGCAACAUACUCUUGGACUUGGAGUUGAAUGCCAAGGUCUGUGACUUUGGCCUCUCCAAACAAGUACCUCAGGCGGACUUGACUCAUGUGACAACAGUUGUGAAGGGCACUGCUGGCUAUCUUGAUCCUGAAUAUUACUCUACCCAGCAAUUAACUGAGAAAAGCGACGUUUACAGCUUUGGUGUUGUUCUUUUAGAGCUCAUUUGUGGGCGAGAACCUUUGAGCCAUGCUGGUUCUCCAGAUUCCUACAAUUUGGUGCUAUGGGCAAAGCCGUACUUGCAGGCUGGUGGCUUUGAGGUUGUCGAUGAGAGCUUGAAGGGCAGCUUUGAUGUAGAGAGCAUGAGAAAGGUGGGUUCUAUUGCUGCAAGGUCCGUGGAGAGAGAUGCAUCACAGAGGCCAACAAUGGGGGAGGUAUUGGCAGAGCUGAAAGAAGCCUACAGCAUUCAGCUCGCAUACCUUGUUUCUCAAGCUGGACAUGCGUAAUUUCUAUGGUUUGUUAUGCAAGGUUCAGAUAUCUACACCAUUUUAAAAAAUAUAUUUAUACUUAAGCUAGUGGGAUUUCUAUCUUCUCUGUAAACAAGUAUCUAUGCAUUAUGAGGAUCACAAAGAAAAGCUUUGGGUUAUUGGAGAAUUGAUGUAUCGUAUUAUCUGACUUUUUCUGGUCAUUAAUUAAGCCUUUAAAAUUUUUUGAA